UUGCGCAUCAACAACGCAAAUCCUGAACAGCAGUAGCAGAGCCUCGCGAGGAGGCAAUCGCCUUGUCCCCGAGAGCAGCAGCCGAAGGACUUGCAAACAUGCCCGACACGGUGCUCAACGGCCGGGUCUCGCAAGAAGCAAGUGGAGCUGCUAGCAACACGAAGAGCGAUGCAACCACCUCCGGAUUGGAACAUCCAGGAGAACCAAGAGGUGCGUCUCGCGUGCUGGGUAGAGAUCCCGAGCCCACUGAGAUCGGUACACCGGGGGAAGAGCCCAGGAGCCAGGCAUCAGAGAGCAAAGCGGUGGCGAGUGUGGUCACGCAGCAAGCUGAAGAGGGACAUGCGAAGGGUGACUCGAGCAGCUGCUACGAUGCCGCUCCGAGCCAGGGCAAGCAAAAGCGGACUCUGUGGCGCCGUGGAAAUUCUGCGGUGAGGGACACCUCUUCGGACUCGGACGAUGCAGCUCAACGGCAAACCAAGGAGCUGUAUCCUUACACGCUCACCCUCAAGCUGCGCUCCGUCGACCCGGCCAAAGAUGCCGCAACAUUGCCCCGUUCCAAGCUGCCCUCUCAUCACGUGCCUACACUCGUCUCUCGAGCUGCGCUUGCAUCGGAUCAAGUUCUCAAGAGAGCGGCUAGAAGCAUUCAUCCUUUGAAAGCAGAUGCGGAUGAAAAGGCUGCUCUGCCAGCUGCAUGGGAUGCCGUUUCGGAAAGAACUAGAGAUCGAAAGACUUCCAAACGCAUCACUCGCGUGGUGCGCUCAGCUGUUGGCAAAGUGGCUCCCUCCACAACGGCUCCGGAUGCCGGCACUGUGGAUCUGGUCAAUGCCAAUUCCGGAGCUCUAGCAUCGCUCACUUUUGAGAACCCAUGGGACAGCUUUAGGAAGCCCAGCGUUGCCGAUGCGCUCAAUGGAGGGCUCAAGUGGGGUCUGCCAAGAGGUUAUGAACAGGGUGGAGGUCGCUCAAGGUACAGAGGCGGAGGUAGGAGGCGCAAAGGUCCAGGAGCGGAGAGCGCAAAUGAUGUUGGGCCCAACAUCGAGGUGAUAAAACCUGAUUGGGGCGAGAGACGAGUUGAGGACGAGGAGACAGAUCUGCAGGUCCAGGCUCGCAUCACUUGGUUGGGUCACGCUAGCAUAUUGGUGCAGCUGCCGCAGGUGCCCCGGCCACGCGCUGAGGAGCAAGAGGAAGCUGUAAGCGGAGCGAUUGACGAUGCUUCCGACGAAGAGAAGAUCCGCGCAACUCGUCGGCCUUUCAAUAUUCUCAUCGAUCCUGUAUUCAGCGAGCGCUGCUCGCCGUCGCAAGUCGCCGGUCCCAUUCGCCAUACACCGACGCCAUGCGGAGCGUCGGAUCUCCCUCCCAUCGAUGUUAUUCUCAUCAGUCACUCGCACUAUGAUCAUCUUGAUCUAGGCAGCAUACAGGAGCUUCUCAAGACUCGCGGUAAAGCUUUACAUGUCCUCGUUCCUCUCGGCAACAAGGCUUGGUUCGAGGCCAAUGGGUUCAAGAAGGAACAAGUCAGCGAACUCGAUUGGUGGGAUGAGGCUUGGUUUUCGAUCUCGAAAGAGGGUAAUGCAGGUUACAGGAUUAUUUGCACACCAGCACAGCAUGGUAGUGGACGAGGACCUGGCGACAAGGACUCCACGCUUUGGUCCAGCUGGCUCAUCGAGCGCGUACUUCCAAAGGAGCCAACCACCACGACCGCUCCAACAGGCGUCCUGAACAAGGUUACGACGACAAUCAACACGGCUUUCACCGCCGCGAACAACGUUGUCGCUGGCCGCCAAAUUGCCAAAGGCGUUUCAGAGUCCACUGAAAAAGCAGCCGAUGAAGUCACGACGAGCCCCAAAGUCUCAACACUACCUAUCGUGUCCACGUUUGAUGAUCUAGAAGUGGAAGCCAAGCGGAGGUACAGGAUAUACUUUGCGGGUGAUACUGGCUUGCGAGCCCACAACGAGAGUCGAAAACCAAGAGAACGAUACCCGGCUUGCCCAGCAUUCAGAGACAUUUCCCUGCGGUACGGUGUGCCGCACGUUCUGCUGCUGCCUAUCAGCGUUGGCUCUUCUUUGUCGUACUUUAGAUCGUGGGACCCUCUGCCUAGACGCUACUCGCCAUUCCCUCGCGUCGAGUCUCCCUUGACCAGCGCGAUACACAUGGAUGCUUUUGAUGCCGUCGACUGUGCUAGGAUCAUGGCUUUGCGAAUCAGAGCUGGACAAGAAGCUUCCAAGAGCGCGUCGCGAGAAGACGACGAGGAGGUGUCGAGGAGAGAAGAUAGAGCUCGCGCUUUGGGUCCAAAGAAUGGCGUUACUUGUUUGGCAGUGCAUUAUGGCACGUUCGUACGCAAUUCGUCGCAGACUAUGGACGAUCUUCGAGACCUGGCUCAAGCGUGUGCCAAGGCAGCAUCCAACGGCUCGGCAAGCUCCAUCACACAUCCACACCGACCUCAUCUGCAUAGACACAACCUUUCUACCGCAACGGCUGCCACUGGACGAACAAACGGCACAGCACAGGGGGACCUCGCGCGCACAAAAAGCAGCAGCGCCAACGUGCUCAUCGACCCGACCAACAUCGUCGACAUGCGCUUCAUCCGCACUCGAGAAGGAGCUUUCGAGAGAUCAAAGGGGAAGGAGGAAGAUAUUUUCCUCGUCUCUCAUCAGGGAGAGACUGUAUGGUUCCCGAUUUCGACUUAGAUUGCCGCAUCUGGCACGUCGAAGAGCAUAUAGUACAAUCUCGCAUUGUCCACUCGCAGAAAGCUGAUCGAGGGCAUAUAGGCUCAGCUGUAGAUACCACGCUAGUCACGUCACUGAGCAAUAGCAUUCUUCCAGAGGAUAAGAAUGGACUGGGCGUUGACAAAG